AUGGCCAUGUGUCAUGUGUACACCGGAACCUUUCCUAUCUCAUUGCAAGUUGGCCAUUACCUAAUCAGAUUUUAUGACAGAUAUGCAGGUGAACCAACACGGUGUUAUCGGUGUUAUCGAUGUGACGAAGCUGAUCACCACGUGAAAGACUGUCCAAAACCAUCAUCCUUCCGACGCUGUUAUCAUUGCAAUGGUACGGAUCAUGUGUAUAGAAACUGUAAAAACUAUAGUACGGCUAGCACAAGAGCUACAGAACACAACAGACCAGAACAGUCUGACACAUCUGUGAAAGAGACUACACCACCACCACCACCACCACCACCACCUUGUGGUUAUGAGGGUACCUUAUCAGAUGACAAGGAUGACAUCCAACUGAGUGAAUGGGAGACAAAUAAGGCAACAAGCUGGUGUGAAGCAGAAUCAAAUCAAGGAACGGCAAGUGAAAGUGACAUGAAAGAGGGCUCUCAGAGUGAUGCAAACGAUAAAAGAACACGAAAAAGAGGAAGGAAUGAAAAAGAAACACUCACCAACACCUGACACAAUACACAGCUAAAACAAAGAAAGAAGAAAAAGAAGAAAGCACAAGAGAAAUCAGCUACUGAACACCCGCAUGUGGAAAACCAGGACGCAUGUGGGACGUUGCCAGCUCCAGUCUAGACUCGACUGGAAAUGUUUUGUGCUUUUUUUCUCUUUUCCUCUCUCGCUCUAAUGACUCUACAAAUUGCUAAUCUCAAUGCUCAAGGAAUGACUAACAGGAUGAAACGACAACAAAUUGCAGACUGGAUGAUCAGAAAGAAUAUCGAUAUUUUGUGUUUACAAGAAACAUAUGCAACAGAUGAAAAUUCAAAUUGGCAAUUACAGUUUCCUAAACAUUCCAUUUUUCAUGCUUAUGGUACAAAUCAUUCCAAAGAAGUAUCAUUGUGAAAAAUAUGCCCCAACUACAAUGCAAGAAGGUCCUACAAGACUCCAACGGACGUUAUUUAUCUAUGAAAGUAAACUACCCUUCCCUCACGUUCGACCUGGUCAACCUUUACGCACCGACGUCCUCAGCUGAUCGCAAAGAUUUCUAUCAAAUCGUGACUUCACAGCUGCAGAAUUCACCAAGACUGGUUGUCUGUGGUGAUUUCAAUUGCGUCCUUAACCCCAGUAUGGAC